AUGGCUUCUUCCUUGAUUGAUCCGCAGGAACGUGCUCACCUAAGAGACAAGUACAAGAAAGCAGUGCGGUCCAUCGUCUAUGAGCUCCAGUCUCGGUCUAAGCCUACCUAUACGCAUGCUGAGCUAGCUCAAUUCCGAGUCUCUGUCCAGUCCAUCGAUCCAGAGGAUCACACAUUCACCGAUUCGGAAGCUUGUCUCUUCCAGCCACUUACCCAUGAAGAGCUUGAAACAUUCAAAAUGGAUAGAGAAGCACUUCCUGGGGACGAGUAUCACUACAUCAACGAAUUCAAGGACACUUUUCAUGAUGUUACAGGCGAUGUUCCUGAAGAUUGCCUCAUAUGGGAGAGAGCUGGUCAAAUUGCCUUCUAUAUUGAAGCUAUUAGGGCUGAAAAUUCUUUUAACGAUACUCCAACAGGAAUGUUAUGCGGUGUUAAAACUGGACAUUCAAAGCCUCGGGAUGUUCCGAGAUGGACCGCCCAUUCUAUCCGCCAAUGGCUUGACGAUUUCAAGGAUCCGAAGACCACUCGCCCUCACAUCAAACUUGUGACUCUCACUGGUACAAAGGCUAAAGAAAAUGAACUACUCCAUAGCGAGUUAGCGUCUAUUGCAAACACCCUCUACUGCCGUCUCGAACAGCCAGAAUUUGAGCAUACCUCAUUCUUCCCAGCGAAGUUCGACAAUUCUGGUACCUUACUUGUCCAAUCCUCGCCGAUCUACAAUUUUGUAGAUAGCGAUGGAAAGAUGGAGCUUUUCAUUCGCUACAACAAUUGCAACCCCCGAGAUGGUCUAGAAAUAGAGCCUGUUCUGGUUGAAGAGCAGUCGCCAUCUCCUCGUGUUCAGCAUCAAGCCUCUCCCUCCGGCUUGGACAAAGAAAACCUUGACCCUGAAAAAUGA